AUGCCUGAUUCGGACUCUCAAUCACUGAAACUAGACGACUACGUUUGUAACAUCUACUUGGACGGGAUUCUCAUCGCCAUUCACAAACGACCACUAUCGAUAUCUGAUCAUCCCCGCCGGAUCGAAAAGGUCUACUCAAAUGAUCGCAAAACUUACAGAUCUCUCCAAUUUGCGAAUGUCAACCUCGUUGAUCCGGAUGACUAUGCUUCGAAAGUAGGAGACCCGACAGAUAAGAUCUGCGAAGAUGAAAAGGUGAUCAAAUCACUGGGAACGAUCAGAGUGGGUAUCGCUAGAUCACCUCUAGCCCCAAAAAGGGGGCUCUACACCUCACCCAAUGAUCAUAAACCUACCAAUCAAAUGAAAUUCUCGGAACGCUCCAAAAAAGCUUCUUUAUCUACCACCGCUGGCUUAUCGCAACAAUCAGUCGUUCACCGUCAACCUUCUCCGACGAUCUGGGAUGUAAAGGCGCUUGAUCCCAAUCCAUUCCUUCAAGGAACGAUUGAAAGUCCGGCAGUUGAAGCAGUCGAGGUCGACACAAAACCUAAACCGGAACCCAAGGAAGAUAUCCAAAAGAAUAAGAAACGUGUUAAAGAUGAGGAUGAUGACGAAGUCAUAGUUAUCUACAAGAAGUCAAAUAUCAUCGAUAUAACCAGAUCUAGUGGCGAUGAGCUUUAA